AUGAGACUGAGGGCGAUAUUGGGCUACUCGAUCUUCGGAACGGGAUCCACAUUGAUGUCGGCCAUCAUACUGUUCUACCUGUUGGCCGGUAAAGGUGAGCAAAUCAGUAUUGGCUGGUUCUUGGCCAACACAUCGCCCUAUAUGUGGGCCGUGUUGGGUAUAUCAUUGGCGGUUGCUCUGUCGGUGGUUGGAGCCGCUUUGGGAAUACACACGACCGGUGUGAGCAUUGUCGGUGGUGGCGUGAAAGCGCCUCGCAUCAAGACCAAGAAUCUUAUAUCAGUCAUCUUCUGUGAAGCGGUGGCUAUCUACGGACUAAUCACUGCAAUCGUCAUGUCCGGCCAGUUGGAAUCGUUCACAGACAACGUGGAUACCGCACAACAAAUCAGGGAUCAAAAUUGGAUGGCCGGCUAUUUAAUAUUUGCUGCUGGUAUUAGCGUAGGUCUGGUAAACCUGUUUUGCGGUAUUGCUGUUGGAGUAGUGGGUUCGGGUGCGGCGUUAGCAGAUGCAGCCAACUCAUCGCUUUUCGUCAAGAUUUUGAUUGUUGAAAUUUUUGGCAGUGCCAUUGGUCUUUUCGGUUUAAUUGUUGGCAUAUACAUAACUUCCAAAGUGAAGAUGGGUGAUAAGUAA